GACGACAUAGCAGGUAAAUCGCAGCACCCUUACUUUGUAGUCCAUGCGAUUUUCGUCACGGCAGAACUACAGUUCCCAGGACUCACUGCGCGCACGCUAGCGCGCCUGUCGUCGUGAACAAACGUGAGCGACAACGCGGAGAACUCGCCCCCAAAACAAAACCUUCCUCAGGACAGAAACUCACAGACCAGCCCGUUACUGGGAAGGAGGCGAUCUCUGCCUGACCCUCCACUCUGAUGCUGCCUCUCUUCCGACUCGCCCCCGGGACCAGCCUCAGACUCCUCCCCCUGCGAGCCUCCAGCCACGUCCCUAUGGACCGACCCGUGGAGAGCACCAUCCGAGCCAAGCUGAGCCGGGCCCUGGUGCCGACCCACCUGGAGGUCCAGAACGAGAGCCACCUGCAUGCCGUGCCGGCCGGGUCCGAGUCCCACUUCAGAGUGGUUGUGGUGAGCCGUUGCUUCGAUGGGCUGCCCCUGGUCCAGCGCCACCGCCUGGUCAACGAGGCUCUGCGCGAGGAGCUGGCCAGCUCCGUCCAUGCCCUCUCAAUCCAGGCCAAGACACCCGAGCAGUGGAGCUCCGACCCAAGCCUGGCCAAGAGCCCUCCCUGCAUGGGCGGCUCAAAGCACGACCCUGGCAUGGCUGGGAGGCUGCGGGGUGACGGGAAGUGAAUCGGAGAAGAUGGGAGGGAUGGACUGGGUUACACUGCUUUGCAAUAGGAGCCUUAUUCCCAUCCCUAGCGAGACAAAAGAUAUUUAGAUAGAUAAAUCAGGGGGGAUGGGAAUCAGACUCCUAUUGCACAGCAGUGUCACCCAGUCCAGGUUUCACUAGCAGCUUGAUCAGCCCACAGUGUGUCUAGGUAACAAGCCCAGGUGUGUUCAACUCAUAAUAAAACCAGGACUGGAUCAGUCUGAUUCUCUGUGUUGACAGCGAGUCAGUGUUUGGACAUUCAUUUGAUCUCAAUUAAAAUGACGGCAGUGGCUAUGAAUUGUAGAUCUGUCAGGAGUGUCAGCUGAUUUAGUUCAGGCUGGUAUUCUACAGGUGCUCUCAGAUAGGGAGGCUGUCAAAGCAAUGUUACUGGUUGAGUUUAAUGAAAAUGCAGAUUCCAGUGGUCUCUCGCAGGUAUUGAUAAAGCGAAGGGGAGCAGAUCCUUGUAAUAAUCUACUGGGGGUGCUGAAAACCAAAUAGAAAAGGAGAUUGCAGAUCUGGCUGAUGUAACACAGAGUAUCAGAUCAUGAAUAAUAAUAAUAAUAAUAAUAAUAAAUAAAAACAAGAAAACAUUUUUGUUUUUAAUUUUUAUUGGAAUGCUGGUAAGCUUAGCACAAAUAAUGUACUGAAACAAAAAUGAUAUAUUAUAUAUAUUUAUCUCACACAAACCUUAAUACUGCACCUGGAUGAUGGUAGACUGAAAUAUUUCCAUAUCUAAUAGUCGUUACUUAGUUAUUUAUCCAUGUAGUCGAUGUUUUUUUUUUUCAUUUUACAAAACAGGCAAAUUAAAAAGACACACGUACAAUACUAA